GUAAGAUGUCUAAAAACCCUGGUGCAUCUACUCAUACCUGCAAAAGUUUGGGGUAAAAUGAGGGAUUUAUGGCUAACUUGAUUAGCAGAGAUCAACGCCGUUUACGCCGUUUCAGAUGGCGCAAGCAGUCAUUACAGUAAACUGUAAUCAUAAGACCACACAGGGUGUAUUUGUAUUUAUAUUUAAUUCCACAUUCAUUUUUCAUACCUACUGUGCUUUUAGGAUAACUUAAAAAGUGAGUUAAUGAAUUUUUUGUGUUUUAAGUGUUAUUGACGAAUUGUCAGUAUUAAAUUGAAAGAUAAGUGUCCAAGUUCUGGUGAAUUAUUAGUUGAAGUUUCAACCCAAGCAAAGUUUUGAAGAAAUUUCGUGUAAUUUCUUGAUAUUUCAACUCAAGAAAUGUUGGCAGAUAUUAUGUAGUUGACAUUGGUUUCUAGGAAUCUUAACCAGACGUGAACCUUUAUGGAAGAUGAAAACAUUAGAAACUAGAUACUUUUUCGCCAGCUUUGGUAUUUGACAUUUCUAUUAUUGAUUCUUGUAUUUGAAAUAAAUAGUCAUAGUAUAGUUUGUGGAUCCGCGAUUCUUUAAAACGGAAAAUGGAUAAAUCUGAGGUUUUGGAAACAUUGAAGGCCGCUAAUUUAUAUCUGAAUCAUUUGAACUGCUUAGAAGGAGAACUGGAAAAUGCUCUGGAGCAAAUAGACACAACCUUCAGGAACACUGAAAAACAUAUUAGUGAAACAUUUUCUAACCUAAAGGACGAGUUAAUGUACAUUCUAAAGAAAAGAGAAAAGUUCUUACUAGAUAAAGCCAAAAAGACUGAGAGUGAGAGUUUAGCUCCUUUACAAGAAUGUCGUAGUAUUAUUUUAAACAAAAUUGAAUCCACAAACAAAUUAAUAAAAAUAGGUAAUUCAAUUAUAGAUGGUGUUAACGAAAGUGUCGACACAUUUGUGACAAAUGCUAGCAAAUUGGGAAGUCUGCCUGAAGUUCCCGAUUUGAAAGAAGUGCCUUAUCUCAGUUUUCACUAUGAACAAUCUUCAGAAGUCGAAGUCAAAGAUAUUUUGUUACAGUUUGGUUAUGUUUGCAGAAUAGCUCCUAUACAGGUGACAGAUUUGUCUGAAAAACCUGGUGCCUUACUUAUUGAAUGGAGAAAUGUUGAAAUUGAAGAAAGAAUGACAGAUAUUCAGGAGUUCAGAUUGCAGAGAGCUUUUGGUGAUGUUGUUAAAGAUAAGCAUCUGGUGGCUAAUUUUAAAGAUUGCUAUAAAGGUUUAGAUACUCAGUUUCUGGUGAAAGAUCUCCUAGCCAGACAACCAUAUUCAUUCAGAGUGUGCUGUAAAUUCGAAGGAACAUCAGAGUGGUCACCUUGGUCUUUGCCUCAAGUGUCUUCCACAUCUCUCAAACACUUUUCAUGGAAACCAAACGAGGAUUAUAUUAUUUCUAAUGAGAACAGAAUUGCAGCUCCUAAGAAAAGUGUCUCCAAGAUAUUAAUUUCAGAUGGCGCACAGUUCUCUGUAGGACAUUCUGUGGAGUUCACGUUUCUAGAGGUGGACUCCUCUGAAGCAUUAGUGGGAUUGAUAUGGGACAAUUUACAAAAUGACAUGGAAAUCUCAAAUUCGAUGGCGGAAGGUUGUUUUGUGGUUAACAGUAAUGGAAAGAUAUAUGUGGAUGGGAGUGAAAAAUCCACUGUCUUGCCCAAUUUUACCAAAGGACUAAAGGUCUGUUUUACAUGUGACUUGGUCAAUAACCAAAAAGUCAGAGUAAAUAUUGACUCCAAUGAAAAGAGAGUUACUUAUGACUGGCCUGUGAACCCAGAAUCUAAGAUGUUAUUUGUUGCGCAUUUUUGUUCGAACAAGUGGAAGAUAAUGGUGGAGUAAUUUUUUUUGUUGUAAAGAAAUUAUAAUUUUUAUGUUAGCAGAUCUCAAAAAAUGGAGAAUAUGAAAACAUAUUUAUACUCGGAUAUACCUAAAACUAUUUAUUAAUGAUACCAUUUAUACUGUUGAAUUUUAUUUGUUGUACUUUUUGAGGUAUUUAUAACAUUGUUAUUAUACUUUAUUU